AUGAAUAACCACAUAAACAUCUCAGUUUCUAUGACUCUAUUCUACCUGAUCUACAGAAGAAUGGUUUGGUGUCAUGAGGCUGAAAUGAAGGAGAUGAAUCCUCUUUCCCCCUCCAUCAUCUUCAGCUGGUUUAUCCCUUCAUCUACCGCGCGCAGAUGUCAUUAUGAAGGAACAAUCUUAAAGUCCUGUACAUAUCCAGAUGAAUAUGCCACACACAGCAGCGGUGGGCUGAUGAAACAGUCUUGCGGGUGUUUGAAAGUUCUCACAGCAGUGGUGAGUAAUUCUCAGCAGCCACUACAUGAGCCGGACACUUCCUUAUGGGACUCAUUGUUCUGGUGGAUUGAUGAUGAUGAUGAUGAUGAUGAAGGCAAAUCCAAGAGAGCGAGUCACAGGAGUUUUUCCAGGGGCCUCAGACACCGGGCCCUUCCGGACCUCAGGCUCCUGAAGAAAAGAGAGACAAAAUUCACUGAGCGCAGAAGAAGAGGACGACGAGAAGUAGAUGAGACAAAACAGAAAGAGAUGAAAGUCAAGAAGAAAGUCAAGGAAGUGAAAGAAGAGGAGAACAUAGAGAUGAAGAAACCAGCGAAAGAGAGCAAGCAAAAACCUAUGAAGAAAGAGAGAAUCAGUGACGCACAGAUAACGAGUGCAUAAAGAAAACAGGGAUUGCAUAUGUGCUUAAUUGUCUUGAAAAAAAAUCUUAAUGGUUCUAAAGGGAUCAUUUUCUUUAGCAAA